AUGCCGGCUUCGAUAAGCAUGGAUGAGAAUCUAGGAUUCCAGUCUGGACUUUCCAGACCAGGGCUGAAUCCCCCAUCAGUUCAGUUUGAGAACGGAUUUUGUGAAGCUAGCUCAGAACUCAUCCGAGGCGGAUUCGGUGCAUAUGGAAAGAGAAUUUGUGGGUCAAGUUCUCAGUAUGUGCAAAGCAAUAUAAGCAAGUACUUCUCAGAUCCUCAAUACUACUUCCAAGUGAACGCUCACUAUGUCAGGAACAAACUGAAGAUAAUUUUGUUUCCAUUUCUGCACAGAGGGCAUUGGACGAGGAUAACGGAGCCAGUUGGAGGCAGGCUUUCUUAUAACCCUCCAAUCACUGACAUACAUGCUCCAGAUUUAUACAUUCCAUUCAUGACAUUUGCAACAUACUUGGUUCUUGCUGGCAUCUCACUAGGCCUCUCUGGGAAAUUUAGCCCGGAAGCCAUAAAUUGGCAGUUU